CCUUUUUUCCUGAGUUGUUUUUUUUGCACAGAUGAGCUGCUUUGCAGAGACUGGAGGGUUUUCUUGUUUAUCUGUUUUAUAGCUAUAGCUGUUAAGUCAUCCGCUCUGUCGCUAACCCUCGGAUUUAUGUCGGUAGGUGGUUAGUUAGUUAGUGUAGUUUUAUCAAGCUCGUGCUUUUGUUUUUGAGUGGACAUUAAAAUAAUUAUACCAAAUUCGUGGAAAAUACAUCAAAAACUGGAUCUUCUACUAUUUUAGAAUAAAUCAUUAGAUAUGCUUUUUUAAGUCGUUGUUGUUACACUUAUCCGUUCGCUAUGUUGUUGAAAGAAAACCAGGUCAGCCUAAGUGUUUUCACGUCUGUAACGGACUCAAGUGAUGAAUCGAUUCGAGCUGCGGUUCCUCAGUCUGUGGAGCUCGGACUCACCAUUGUGUAUACCAUCCUAUAUUCGCUACUUUUUGUGUUUGUUUACUUGCAACUUUGGCUCAUUUUGCGUUAUGGACACAAGCGCUUCAGUUACCAGAGUGUCUUUCUUUUUCUCUGUUUGCUGUGGUCAGCGCUAAGGACUACAUUAUUUUCAUUCUACUUCAAGAACGUUGUCCAAGCAAACCAGUUGCAGCCUUUGCCUUACUGGCUGCUGUACUGUUUUCCAGUAUGCCUCCAAUUUUUCACUCUGUGUCUGCUCAAUCUUUAUUUUGCACAGGUAAUGUUUAAAGCCAAAGCAAAAUAUUCUCCGGAGCUCAACAAAUACAAGUUUCCCAUGCGUCUGGCGUUCAUCUCUGCCAGUCUUUUCUUCCUCGUGGUAAACCUGACAUGCGCAAUGCUGGUGCAGGGGGGCAUAGGGGGUGGCAUGGGGGGCGAGGCGGGCGAGGCAGAGGUGCGGCAGGUGGUGCUGGCCCGGGUGCUGGUCAACGACAGCCUCUUCGUACUCUGCGCCAUCUCGCUGGCUGUGUGCAUUUUCAAGAUUGCCAAGAUGUCCUCGUCCAACGUCUACCUCGAAUCCAAGGGUACGUCAGUGUGCCAAGCUACUGUCAUAGGUGCUGCAGUCAUCCUGCUCUACACGUCCAGGGCCGGCUAUAACCUGGUGGUGGUGGCUCUCUCUCCAGAGAACCGUCCCAGCGCCUUUAACUACAGCUGGUACAACGUCUCUGACCAGGCAGACAUAGAGAAGAUCAGUGGAGAGGCCUACAUCAUCUUUGGGAUCAUCCUCUUUUUCUGGGAGCUGCUACCCACCAGUCUGGUCGUGGUCUUCUUCAGGGUACAGAGGCCCAAUCAGAACCUAGCACCAGGAGGAAUGAUCAACAGUCACAGCUUCAGUUCCAAGGCCUAUUUUUUUGAUAACCCCCGGAGGUACGACAGCGAUGAUGACCUGUCCAAGAGCAACAACUCCAGAGCAGAUCGACCGAGUAGUUUCCUGUCCUCGACGUCCCAGUUGGACCCCAGCUGGUACAGCUCCACCCAGAGGAACGGCAGCCUUACGGGGAUCCCCCAUCUCCCCGCCGGCCCUCAGACCUCCACUGCACCCCUUCUCCUAGCCUACGGCAACAUCCAGACCAACCAGCACCAUAACUACUAUUCCACCCCCCAGAACUACUAUUCUACCCCCCAGAAUCACUACUGCACCCCUCAGAACUAACCACCCCUGCCGUCCCCAGUAGAUACCCCUGAAAGUAAUCCGGAAAACACUCAGGAAACGGGCGCUCCUGACCUUCAGCUACAUGGCUACGACCCUCUGGGUUACCCUGGCGAUCCUGUGACUGGCGCUGUGUGGCCACGCCUCCCUCAUUCCAGCUUUCGACCCGGUCCCACCCCACCAGGGCUACUUAACUACCCGUCUUGUUGUAGGCAUGGUGACGACCUUUGGGAUUUCUGGGGCUAGACGAGGGGAAGAUCAUUUGAGGUCAGUGGUGGUUAGGGAGUGGUCAGCUGAGUGAUAUUCCUUUUAUUAAAAAAGCUUUCCAACAUGUCUAUUACCAUAGUCGUGGAACAGAGGUCUGCUACCCGACCCGAGCCAAACGGGCCCCGACAUUAUACACCGGGUUAGGGCCAGGUAGGGUCUAUUUUUUUCAUCAAUAACUAGAGAACGGGCAGGGCUCGGGUAUCACUAGAUUGAUCACUAACAUUUUGAAGCUGAACCAUUUGUGCGUGCUCUGCUGCGCAGUACAGUCAUAUUUAACUACGUUCUUCAACCACAUUACAUAUAAGACAGGAGAGAUGAUUUCACAGAAAAUAAUAAUGUUCCUGGAGUUUUUUAGGAGUUUAAAGUGACGAAAAGUAGCCCAAGCAGAGCCAUUACUAUGGAUCCUCAGAGCCACCAUGAGCUGAGCGGAUGCAGAGCGAGUGACAGACAGGGAGGAGCAGCUAAUGGAUUUACAAACUGAGGAAGUUAUUUCUGAUUUGGGUUUUUUGGCAGGGCCUUAAAUUUGGCAGAAGCAAUCGGGCCUGGGUAGUGUAGGGCCUGAACGUUGUGGGCAUGGGUAGGGCUCGGGCUUUGCAUUCAUGUCCGUGCAGGGCUCUUUCUGGAACAUUGUACUAUUCCUAAAGAAAUGUUUGUAUGGAAAGGAUCGUGCUUCUCAGCUUUUCCACACACACAUACUGUAUGUUUGUCGGACAUCAAACAGAAAAGUUAGUCCUCUAUCUCUUUCAAGGACCAGACAAGUACAUGGACCAGCACUUUUGUUUUUGCACCCCAAAUUUCCUAUUUUGCUUUGGUCCAGUGGGCAGUUCUCCCCGCUGCCCCAUGCACACAGACUCCCCUCCAUGAGUCGGGAGGUGACAUUUGUACUUGAAAAAAAUCCCCACACUUCACAUUCUGAGGACAAGACCCUGGCUUUAAUGUAGACUUGGAUCUUUAUACAAUCUCAGACUUUGUGUUCCUUCCCUGGACCAUGUCUCAUUUCCCUGUAAAGACCAGUUGUUAUCUGAGCAAUGAGACAUCCAUGGCCAUGUCCUUCUAAAGCAACACCAAACGGGUCUGGAAUCAUGGGCAAUGCUCUCGGCAUUCGAGCCCAAUGUGCACUGGGACACCGUGGGAAGGGUUAAUACUUUGUGUGUUUGAAUCUUUCACACGGUCAACGACUGAAAGAGGAAGGCCACUUUUGCCAAAGAGCGCACAGAUCGAGAGUCGGGCCUAAAAUGUAGUCUCGAGCCUCCAGCUUUCCUAGCUGCUUGGGAACUCCGUUUCGACGAGAGGCCCCUAAUGGAGCAUAUAGACUGUGGGGAAACAAUAUGUUUCUGAAUGAAUUUUCGGAUCUGGACCCAGUAAAGUGAAUGUACGGAUUAAGUGUGGAUCGGCGGAGUGAUCAGAUCAAAGUGUUGUGGUCCAGUUUCAUAGUACAGUAGGCUACUCCCUGCAGAGCCCUAGCAAGGUCCCAGCUCAGUUUGUGCUGUCUUUACAACUCUAAUGGUCAUUGUCGCCAGACAGCACAAAGAUAUCUGGGACCAGGUUAACUGGUGACAGAGAGGGAUAGAUGGGCUUAAAGACGCCCUCCCUCUCUUUCUAUAUCCUGACUAUAAUAGUAGAUGUAUUCAUGUGGUAGUUUACAGCAUCAAGAUCACCAUCAUUAGCCUGUACCCAGGUCUGUUUGUUUUGUCUUGCCAGCUACUCUGGUCAUAGUCACCCCAUUGGCCAUAAGAGUUGGCAAAAAUAGCACAGACAGAUCUGAGACCAGGCUACACCACCAUACAGGGACACCUGAAAAUGUGCCAUUACAUGUUACUGUUUGUUUAUUUUCCUUGUGGAAAACGUCUUACACAAAAUAUCGAAAAUUAUUAAUACGCUUUAUGACCUACUUAUUUCAAUUUUAACUGGAUUCUAUGUUUGUUUUUUAUACUCCAUGGCUACUAAUUUGGACUUUUCCAUGUCGAGAUAGUGGUACGGCCCAGGUGUACAGGGCGAGUAUGUGUUUGCUAAACAUGCUUAUAUGCACAGAAAGUGUUUAGGUAGGAGGUAAGAAAACGGUUGAUUGUCUUUCCUUUCCUGUUACGAUGAGCGAAGGGAGGGAACCCAAGAGCGGACUCAGAAGAGGAAGCCGGGAUGAAUGCACAAAAAGGUUUAUUGAUCACAGAGAAAUGGGGAGUGCAGAACCGGGGUAGCUCAGAUGAGUUGCAGAAACCAGGAGUGUAGAGUGAGGUUGGAGUUGGUUGAGUAGAACAGGGCCCGAGGGGAAUCCAAGGUAAUAGUGGUGAGUGAUAUCCAGAGCAAGGUGGUUGGUGGUGAGAUGUGGAACAGGAGCCAGAGACAGAGACAAAGCGGUAACUGCAAGGAGAGGACAAAAAUGGCGUAAGGCAGGAAAACGAGCAAAGCAGAGCAACAGGAUCUUGAGAAUAGACAAAAGGCUAGAGUGAUAACUGACUGAGCAGAGAUUACGAUCUGGCAGGGAUGAGUAUAUGUAGAGGUCUUGAUUAUGGGAUGAUUUGCAGCUGGUAGGGACCAGCUCUGACUCCAGCACACCUGUCUCCAAUCACACCAAGGGAGAGAGAGAGAGUGUAUACAGGGGGAGAACUGAAGGUUAAGAAGACACCGGAUGAACACGAGAGGGUGUUGUGGGCGCAAUGUGACACUUUCCUUUGUUUGUUACUGUUGAACAGAGUUUUGUGUUUGCAAAAACAUGUUCAGAGAGGGCAAGAGGAAUUGCUCUCUACACACUUGAUAUGCCUUCUAGUAAUAUUUUAUUUUGUUUUAUUUUGCCAUUCUUUUCUUGUUCCCUUGCCUUCCUUCCAUGAAUGUCUGAGAUCAAGUGUUAUACGAGUUGUGUAAAUUAAUAUCUGCUGACAAACACAAUCAGUGUGCGAAUGCAAUCAUAUUUUAAGUAUAUUAUUUUUAUUUAUUUUUAAAUGGACCCCCUUUUCUCCCCAAUUUCACUCCAACUCCCCAACGGUAUCCUCCGAAACAUGACCCGCCAAACCGCGCUUCUUAACACCUGCCCGCUUAACCCAGUAUUUAGCUGCACCAAUGUGUCGGAGGAAACACCGUUCAACUGACGACCGAAGUCCGCUUGCAGACUCCCAGCCCACCACAAGGAGCCGCUAGUGCACGAUGAGCCAAGUAAAGCCACCCCGGCCAAACCCUCCCCAAACCAUGCUGGGCCAAUUGUGCGCCGCCCUGUGGGACUCCUGAUCACAGCCGGUUAUGACACAGUCCGGGAUCGAACCUGGGUCUGUAGUGACACCUCAAGCACUGCGAUGCAGUGCCUUAGACCGCUGUGCCACUCGGGGGUCUUUUUAAGUAUAUUCUAUGCUAUUUUUUUAAGUAUAUUCUAUGCUAUUUUCUCCCAACAUCUCUGUGUUUGGGACUGAUGUCAUUGCAUCAUAUGGCUGAUGUCACCUUUUGACCUUUGGUGCUGUGGAGGACAUACAGGAAAGGUCCAGUUGGACAGGAAGUGAAAAAGUAUAACCCACAGAGAAUGAUAGAGGCCUCUAAUGGCCAAAAGGCUGUUUUAGCAUGGGCAGCGCCAUUGAGGGCUUCCACCAUUUUAAUGUAGGCAACUGGGUGGGACUUCCAUCUUCAUUAGCUGAUCCCUCCUGAUGACCCAGUUGGAGUCAUGUCCAACUGGGUCAUUAGGAGGGAUUAGCCAAUUGAAAAUGUACUAUUUUAGAAUGGAGAUAGCCUUAAUGGAGCUGCUGUCUAAGACCCUAGAAUGGCACAGAUACAAAUAUGAGUCCUCUAUCUAUCUCUACAGUAUAACCGCAGGUUGAACUUCCUUUCACCCUCCCAGGGCCAUACGCCAAUUCCGGCCAGCCAGGAGAACUGCUUUUAAAGAUUUUUAUUGUAUUUUAUUCCCCCUUUUUCUUAAAAAAUAUAAUUUUAGAGGUGGAUUCUGCAGGGUAAUGGAUUUGGGUGUAGGAACAAACAAAUGGUUGUCUUUCCCUUAAUUUGCUUUGGAGUCUCACACUAAGUUGCAUACAUGUGUGAUGGUUGCAACAAAUCUCUGUCAGUAAGCAAAAGCGAGCAGACAGCUAUAAUCAAUGGGAAAAGACUGGCAAAUGUUUAUAUUUUCACUCUUAUAUCCAAGAACAUACAGCAUUCUAUCUGGCAUGAUUGCAAAUUAUCCUUACUUAACGCAGAGACAUUUGUAUGUCUCUGCGUGAAGGGAGUUAGAGGUAUUUUCGUGAGCCAAUGCUAGCUAGCGUUCAAUAGACUAUUGCUAUAACGCUAGUUAGCUAUAAUGCUAGUUAGCAAUUACACUAUCGCUAGUUGGCAACUUCCUUCAAACUGAACACAGAGACAUAAAAAUGGUAUCCAUGGGUUCAUCUGACUCUGGGGACGUAGAUAAAGGGCUUCUUUGCAAAAAUAUUAAACUAUCUGUUUAACAGCAACUUAUGUUCAAAUGUAUGUGUUGAAAGUAUUGUAUUUUUUUGCUGAUUUUGUUUCUGUGAAAUCUAUUGCUAUAUAAGCUCUUGUGUCUCGCAAAGAGCAGGUUUAGCCUUUUUAUAAUAAUAAUAAUUUGUCUCAAAUUCUUUAUUGGUGGCCAAUGAAUGUAACACGUUUACCCAUCUUUCAUAGAUCACUAAAGAGGUUUGCAAGCACUACCAUGUUAAAAUAAAGCUUUUCAACUGAACACACAAGGUAUAACAAGAGUCCUCUGCAGAACUAGAGGCUGCAUUCAAGGGCAUGAUCGAGCCCCACUGUGGAGGUGUCAUAAUACCCCAAAAACCUAGCGGUCAAACAGGGAAAUGGUUCCAAUCGUUUUCCACCAUUCAUUUUUCCCAUAGGGGAUUUUAGAAACACUUAAAAUAAGGGCUGUGUUUCAUGUAGGCUUACCCUGGCGAGACGUUUUUAUAACAAUAUAAAUCUCUCUCGGACAAGGUGACUUUCGUCAAUAUAUUUGGCUCUAUUUACUCUGAUUUGAAAAUGAUAAUUAGUAUCAAAGUAGACAUCAUGAAAAACUACAAAUCCCUGCAAACUCCUACAAGUCAUCUCUAGCUGACACCUUUGCUAACAGGUAUUGUGUUAAUUUAAAAUGUGCAUAAGACAGUUCACAGAAUUGUCCAUUUAAAGAAAUUUUGCCAAUUUAUUCAUUACUACAUUUAGCUAACAUUAGAUAGUGUCACGUCUACUCCCGUUAUAGAUAGUUCAUCCAGAUAUUCUUACCUUUGUCUCGAUUUUGGCAGUCUCAUCCAGAUCAUGGCAUUUGUAGUUUUUUUAGGAUAGCCACAUUAGCAGCUAAUUAGCAUUUCUAUUUUGGGAGGUAAAUACAGGUGAAUCUAUUGAUAAAUGUCACCUUGUUCUAAAGAGAUUUACACAGUUAUCAAAACAUAAUGCCAGGGUAAGCCUACAAGAAACACAGACUUUAUUUUAAGUGUUUCUAAAAUGGUGGAAAAUGAUUGGAACCAUUUCCUUGUUUGACCCCUAGGUUUUAUGGGUAUUAGGACUCAUAUUGUGGUACUCUAUACAUAGCAAAAUAACAAAGAGGGGGAGUGUUUAUUAAAACAUGCAGUGGACACCGUUUUAAAUUGUUUUGCAACAGAAAAUGUACAUUUGCAUAUCUUAUUUGAUGUCCAGGUAGUCUCUCCCUGUUUCACUGGGUUUUGAACACAAUGAACACAGCCCAGUUCUCUGAAGGCUCAAGAACCCUCUGGUUAUCAAUGUGACUGCAAUUGACAAAUCAACCAUAAAUAUGAAUCGCCCACUUUCUUUGAUGGUGCAAACCAUAACCAGUGUGUUAAGAGUUGGUUUGCAUUCCUAAGUCCUGACCAACAUGAUCAGCUCAGAGGUUUCUCUUGUCUGUGAACGACUGGAUGUCGAAAUUGGGUUUUGUGUCUUGGCCGAACCCUCGACUACAAUUCAAUUACACGUGUUUUAAAGCAGAUCAGGUUUGAGCUCCUGUGUGUUUUGACACGACUUUUCAUUCCACUGUAUUCACACUCAUCUCUGAUUUAAGAAGAUUUAUGAGCCAGAUUUGGCUUCACAGAUUCGCAUCUGAUCACGCAACUGAUGUUGAUUCACAGUUGAUCCAUAAUCAACACCCUUCUGCCUUUACCAAUAUUCACAAGGAUGCUCAAGCAUGUGGUCAAAACAGUCAGUGUGAGGAGUUAUCAGAGCCAGUGUUUUGCAUCACUUGGAACAGAGGAAACCCACAGCAGAUAGGCAGUGAAAUGCAUUAUAAAAGCGUUUAAAAAACAAACAUGUUUGUGUACUGGUGAUGGCGCAAGUAAAGUAUAUAAUCAUUGAUGUGCUGGAGGAGGAGGAUUGGAAAUGACAAUGAUACAUGUGUAUAAUUUCAAAGGCUGCUGACCUUGAUGGGGAAAAGAUAGCCAGUCGCACAUUCAUCUCUUCUUUAUUUUACAAACAUUUUGGCUAAAGAGCCUUCAUCAGAGUAUUUCACCCUGAUUAAGACUCUUAUAUGAAACCGUGAAACUGAUUGCCACUCAGAGAUUAGCCUGAGAUUGGAAGGUUGGGUGAGUCAAUCCCCGGGUGAGUCAUAACCAAAGACGACUCAACACCUCUCUGCUUGGCACUCAGCAGAAGGGCGUGCGAUAGACUAGCUUUUUGUCCAUGGGGUGUACUUGUACAUUAAUCUGCCUCAUGCUACAGGAAUAGGUGAUAGGCUCUCGCCCUAUGGACCUUUCUGGCUCAGACAAAGCUAUUUACUCUUACAGCAAGAAGAGAUGAGUGUGCGACUUUAUUUUUUAUUUGUAUAGUAUCUUUCGCUAGUCAGCACCUCGCCAAAAGGGUGUGUGUUCUUUGUGUUUUUACUUAACAGAUUGUGUACAGACCAAUAUUUAUUUCAGUCAUAGAAAACAAUCUCUACAUCACAUUACAUUCAGUUACCUUACAGCCAUUCUGCCAUUGAGAAAGAGUGGAUAAGCACUUCGAAAGGCCCUGAGAAGUGUACACAUUCUAUCAAUGAUUGGUCAACACGUUUGACAUGUGUAUACAAAAUAUUUCCUGUGAAUAACAUUCACCAUUCACCAAUAAAUUCAUUAUGAAAAGCUAUUGCAAGAAAAA